AUGACGGCUAAAGAAGAUUUAGUCGAAUCUCAUAUGAAUAGUAGCGGACAAAAACGAAUAACAAGACCAACAGUAGACCUGAAUAUAACAACACCAACAACAGUACUAAAUACAAAUGAUCAACAACAACAACCACCACCUGAUUAUGAAAGUUCAAUUAAAGCUGAGAAUGAAGUAGAAGAUGUAGAAGAUGAAAAUGUUUUGGAUGAAAAUGGUGAACCGAAAUUUCCCGUGGAUGAUUUAGCAAAACUUGAAGAACAAGUCAAUCGAGUACGAUGGAUUGUGCCUGUUUUAGCUGAUGGUGAAUUAAUAAAAUGUUUACGAGCUGCUCUUCGUCUUGCUCGAGAAAAACUUGAUACAAAAAGUGAACCAUGUCAACGAUUUAUUCGUGAUAGUCUGGUCAUUUCAUUUACGAAAACAUUUUGUGAUGAAGCUGUACAAUCAUGGAAAUUUGAUAUAUUACAUGCAAUUUAUAAGAAUGCAAUGAUUUGUAUUCAUUUAUGUGUAUUAAAACUUGAUGAUGAUUGUUUUCCAUUGCUUGAAGUUUUAAGUUUUAUGAUGAAUCCACAAGGACGUUAUCAUCAGUCAAAUUACAAUCGAGCAUCUACAUAUCAACUACAACAUGGAACGGAAUCUUUUGCUUCGACAACGGAGUCUCGUGUAAUUCAACGUGGUUGGCUUGUUGAUUUUAUAGAUAAAUUCGGACAUUUAGGUGGUUUUGAUAAAAUUCUUGCUCGUUUUACUUCAUCCGAAACUAAAUUAACAAUAUCUGUUGUUGUUGCAUUACUUAAACCAUGGGGUCUUUGUUAUGAAUAUUUAACACAAUCAACAAUAAAAAAAUAUUUUGCACCUAUUAUUGAUUUUGUUCCACGAUUUCUUGAUCAAUUAACAGAAAAUGAUCUUAAAGUUGAAACAAAAAGUGAAUCAAAAAGUGAUACUUUAUCAGCAGUCAUCAAAUGGCUUCGUCAUCUUGCAUCGCGUUUACCUGAAAAUGAUAACUUAUGUCGAAGUUUAGAUGCACUUCGACUUAAAAUAAUUCUACGACUAUUGCAAACGAAUUCCUUCAGUGGUAAAAUGAAUGCUCUUAAUGAAGUGAAUAAACUUCUUCCAAGUCUUAAUUCAAUGCAUCGUGUAACAUUCAAUCGUCCUGAUGAUAAUGAUAAUUUAACAUCGGAAAAAUUCAUUCAAUGGAUUCAAGAACAUGAAAUUCUCGAUAUUGUUUUACGUGAUUGUUUACAUCAACCACAAUAUGUUGAAAAAUUAGAGAAACUUCUUCGUUUUAUAAUCAAAGAACAAGCAUUAAGUCGAGCUGAUCUAGCUAAAAUUUGGAAUUCAUCAUGUGGAAAACAUGAAGCUAUUGAAAAAAAUGUUCAUGAUUUACUUGCAAAAUUAGCAUGGGAUUUUACACCUGAACAACUUGAACAAUUAUUUGAUUGUUUUAGAGAAAGUUGGACGAAAGCUAGUAAAAAACAACGAGAAAAAUUACUUGAACUUAUUCGAAGAUUAGCCGAAGAUGAUAAAGAAGGUCUUAUGGCAAAUAAAGUUUUGGAAUUAUUAUGGAAUAUUUCACAUGAUAAACAUUUACCAAAUGAAAUUAUUGAUCAAGCUUUAGCAGCACAUUUAAAAAUUCUUGAUUAUAGCUGUUUACUGGAAAAAGAAAAAACAAAAUUAUCUUGGAUUGAACGAAUAAUCGACGAAGUUAAACAAGAUCAACAUGUUCUGAUUUCAAUAAAACAAAUUCGUGAAAUAUGUACACAAUUUCAUGAGAAUUUAUAUACACAUAACAUUCCACGUAUGUCAGGUCCAUUGAACAGAAUAAGUGUUAUUGAUUUAUUGGAAAAUAAAUAUCAAUUAACUUGUGUUAUUACGGAAAAUCUUUGUCAUUAUAUGGAUACUGUUCGACGUUAUCGAGAUGAAAAAAAGAAGAUUUUACCACCACCUGAAGAAUAUUACCCGGAUGGUCGUUUUGAUCAUAAUCAUCAAAUUCAUGAACGUUUAACAUUUCUUAAAUUUGUAUUAAAAGAUGGUCGACGUUAUUUAGCUUUUGAACAUUUAAAAAUCAUUUGGAUAAGUUUAGCUGAACAAGCUGUUUAUCCACAAGAUCGUGAACAAUGUUUUCGUUGGUUUACUGAAAUUACUGAUGAUGUUGGUUUUGAAUCAAAAUCUGGAAAAAAUUUCUUUCAAAAUCAUUUUAUGAAACUCGAUCCUCAUUUACUGACUGAUCUUGGAAUGAGUUGUUUUGAUCGAUUUUUUAAAUCUGUUAAUGCACAAUCGAAUAAAUUUCAACAAAAACGUCGCUCAAUUCGUUUAAUCAGUGAUGAAGACCUAAUUGGUAUGGAAUAUUUAUGGAAAUUAAUAUUAAAUGGUUCAGAUGAAGUUGCUGAACGUGCUAUACAAUUAAUUAAAGAAAUUUAUACAAAUAUAAGUCCACAAUUAAAAACUGAUAUUAAACGUAUACAUCAAACAUUUAUUCAAGAAUGUUUUCAUCGUUUAAAACAAGUUUAUGAUCAAUUAAAAACAAAAUCAAAUCAAAUAACAUAUCAACAAAAACUUAAUGCGAUAAUACGUAUAUUAAUUGUAUUAAGAGAAUAUUUAGGUGAAUGUGAUUAUUCUUAUCAUAAAGAACGAAGUUUUUUACCUAUGUCAAGAGCUUAUCGUGGUCGACCAGUAACAGUAUUCGUUCGUUUAAAUACUGGUCAGAAUCGACAAGCCGAAGAAUUUGAAUAUCAAUGUCAUUCAAAUGAAACAUGGGGACAAAUUCGACGAAUGAUAUUCAAUCGAUUUAAAACAACAUUUGGUAUUCUAGAAAUAUUUCGAAAUAGUGAUAUGAUUUAUACAGCAGAAGAUAAUAAAACUUUAGCACAAACAGAUGGACGUGAUAGAAUUACAAUAACUGUUCGAUGGGUUCAACAACCAACUCAAGCAGGUUCUAGUGGUGAUAGUAGUUCAUCAGAAUCUGAAAUAAAUAAUAAUAAUAUUUCAUCAUCAUCAGUAUCACAUCAUAAUCGAAUUUUAGAUGCAAUUGAUACCAAUGCUGAAAGUGUGCUACCAUCAGUGAUAAUUCUUCAAAAACAUGAAUAUUAUCAAUUUUUAAUUGACAUAUCCGAUUUGGGUUGUAAAGAAAAAAAUAUUCGUCUUCGUGAUACAGCACGUCAAAUUCUUGAUUUAAUACCUGUUGAUCCUCAUGUAAAACAUGCAUUUACUACUAGUCUUGCUACUCAAAAAACGGAUUCCGACGAAAAUUUUACUCGUUUAAAUAAUUUUUAUUUUCAUAAAUCACCUACACAAAUGUUAUAUAAUUUACAAACAACACUUAUUAAACUUGCACCAGCUUCUUUUUCUACAAAUGAAAAUAAUGAUUUAGAAGCUUUACAUGUAUAUUUUCUUAAUGCUGGUGGUUUAACAUGUUUAUUAAAUAUUUUAACACAAAAACAAUAUACUGAUCAAUGUGAUAUAGCAACACGAAAAUCAAUUUAUUUUACUGGACUUCGUAUACUUAAACGUUUCCUUAUUAUUCUUGGUUAUUAUCAAUUAAAAAUAUCAAAUACACCAAGUUAUAAUGAAUCAUUAGAACAAAUACUUAAUUUAAUGCCAAUAACAACUAUCUAUAAUGAACAACAACAUACAACAAUGUCACUUGAACGACGUAUUGUUUCACUAUUACUUCAACAUAUAAAUACAUAUCCGAUACCAAAAGCUUCAUUCUUACAGUAUGAACAUAUUAUUGAAUUAAUACGUCUUAUUUGGUGUUUAGCAUCAUAUAAUGAUCAAAAUUCAUUUGAAAUUAAUUUAAAAAAUGAUUUUAAUGCAAUUCAUAAAUCUUUUAAGCAAGAAAAUUUUAAUGCAAAUGAUCAAAUCGAUAUCACUGAAUAUUCCGACGAUGAUGAAGAAAAUUUAACAACGUGUCGUGAAGGUUUAGAAUUACUUUGUAUCUCUAUUGCUUUAGUACCAUCAUGUGUUGAACGUUUAUUAAAAGAAAAUAUGUUCGAACAUUUUCUUAUUGAUCUUGUUCUCUAUUGUCAUUAUCCAACUAUACGUCAUAUAGCAUCAGAACAAAUAUAUAUUUUAACAGUACGUUGUUCACAAGGUGAAAAUGAAAAUUUAUUAAAAUAUCUUAUUGAUAAACAAUUUCAAAUAAUUAAUAAACAUUCAGAUAAUUUAAAAAUUUAUUCAUUAUAUUCAGCUGAUUUUUUUCUAUUAUUAUGUCGUUUAUUAUCCUAUGCGUAUCAAAAUCAUAUUGUAUUAUCGGAUAUUGAUCAACAAUUACGUGAUGAAAUAAAUUGGUUAAAAAAUCUUCAAUUACCUGUUGAUGAACAUUUACUUCGUGGACAUUUAAAUUUAGCUAAAGAAUUAUUACAAUUUCAAACAACGGAAUGUAAACGUUUCUAUGGAAUUGAACAAUUAUUAAUACAACAAAUAAUUGAACAAUUUCUUUUUCCAGCAUCAACAUUACUUCAUCAAUCUCGUACGAUAAAACAAAAACGUCUUUCGAAACAAACAAUUGAUAAUGAAGAUAAUGAACUUAAAGAACCACAAAUUCCAAUUUGUCAAUCACCAUUAACAAUUCUAGCAGCUUUUGAUUUAUUAGUUAUAUUAGGAACUAAUUGUAUUGAUAAUUUAAAAUUAAUUGAUAGAUAUACUACUGAUCUAUUUUAUUCAGCUCCUGAUUCAGCUUUAACUGAAUGGGAUUUUUCUUUACCAAUUGGUUCACGUCCAAAUCGAGGUUUUGUUGGUUUGAAGAAUGCUGGAGCAACAUGUUACAUGAAUUCAGUUUUACAACAAUUGUUUAUGAUACGAUCACUACGCACAGCAUUAUUAUCUGUUAAGAUUCCUGUUGAAUAUGGUGAAGAUGAAUUCGAUGAUGAUGAUAUACGUCGAGAUACUCCUGAUACAUGUUCCGAUGGAAAAUCAUGUGUUAAAGAUAUUCAAACAACUUUAUCACCAAUAAAAGAUCCUAUAACUGAUAGAAAUGAAUAUAAUAUUCAAAUACUUCGUCAAAUUCAAAGAAUAUUCGGACAUUUAUUAGAAUCAAAAUUACAAUAUUAUAUUCCAAAAGGUUACUGGAAGAUUUUUAAAUUUGCAGGUGAACCGGUGAAUCUACGUGAUCAACAAGAUGCUGUCGAAUUUUUAAAUACUGUUGUUGAUAGUUUAGAUGAAGCAUUAAAAACAUUAAAAUUACCUCAAAUAUGUUCGAAAGUUCUUGGUGGAGCAUUUGCUGAUCAAAAAAUUUGCAAAGACUGUCCACAUCGAUAUUCACGUGAAGAAGAUUUUACAUUAUUAAGCGUUGAUAUACGUCAUAGUCAAAAUCUAAAAGAAUCACUUGAACAGUAUGUCAUUGGAGAAUUGCUCGAUGGACCUAAUGCAUAUUUCUGUGAAAAAUGUAAUAAAAAGGUUGAUACAGUAAAACGAACUUGUUUUAAAAAGCUACCGCCAGUUCUUGCUAUACAACUUAAACGAUUUGAUUAUGAUUGGGAACGUGAAACACCAAUUAAAUUCAAUGAUUAUUUUGAAUUUCCAAGAGAAUUAGACAUGGAACCAUAUACAGUUCAAGGUCUUGCUAAAGCAGAAGGCACACCUGUGAUUGAUGAAAAUACAAAUGACGAUCAAACUACAACAAAUACUAAUAGUAAUGAUGGUACACGUUAUAAACUUGUCGGCAUUAUUGUACAUAUGGGACAAGCAAAUGGUGGUCAUUAUUAUUCAUUUAUUCAACAUAAGGAUGAAUUAGAUUCUUCAAAUCAUUCUCAAUGGUAUAAAUUUGAUGAUACUGAUGUUAAUGAAUGUAAAAUGAAUGAUGAUGAAGAACUUCGACAACAAUGUUUUGGUGGUGAUCAUUCAGCAUCUCCAUUUGAUCAACCAGCUAUGAAGCGACAACGUCGUUGGUGGAAUGCAUAUAUUUUAUUCUAUGAAAAACUACCUACUAAUGAAUCUGAUCCAAUAAAAAAUUUUGAAAAAAGUUUAUCAUCAUUACAAUUAUAUGAUCAUACUCAACGUAUGCCAUUAUCAGUUCAACGUAGUGUUAGAAAACAAAAUAUAAAAUUUCUUCAUAAUCGAAUAUUAUUCAGUCAAGAAUAUUUUAUUUUUAUUAAAAGACUUGUACAAAAUAAUGUACAACAAUUACUUAAUAUCAUUCAACAACAACAACAAAAUGAAGAAGAUAAAGAUAAAUAUAUUAAUACAAUCGAAGAUUUAGCAUUGAUUAGUAUUCAAAUAGCAGCUAAAUUUCUUUUUACAAUUGGAUGGCAUACAAAGAAAGCACUUCGUGGUCAAGCUAGUGAUUGGACUGAAUUAAUUAAUCAAUGUAUACGACAUUCUCGUAAAGCACGACAAUAUUUUGCUGAAGAAGUUUUAUUUGAACAUUUAAAUCGUUUUCAAGAAUAUCUUGUUGAUUGUACAUCAGCAGAAAUUCGUGGUGCAUUCAGUCGAAUACUUGUUGCACUUGCUAUACAUUCUCGUCAAGAUGAACAAUAUAUUGAUCGGCUAUUCGGUAUUGAUUUAAAUGAUUAUAAAAAGAAAAAUAUUAAUUUUUUUCGUUUUGAAAUAGAUGAAAUGACUGUUGAAGAAACUAUACUUCAUAAUGUUUUACGUUUACUUAAAAAAGAAGCUUCUGAUAAUGUGAAAAUGUCAGCACAAUAUUUUCUAUUUUUUAUUAGUUUUUCAACGCAUGGCCGUCAUGAAUGUGAACAAUUAAUUCAACAUAAUGUUCCAACACUUCUUGCUAAUUUAGCAAAUGAUGAUACAUCACCAUCAUCAAUACAACGUUAUGGUGAUCCGUCGAAAUUGUCUAUUAUACUUUCAACCUUGAUACGUUGUUUUGAUGUUUCGUUAUUAUGUAAACCUAGACAACCUGAUGAUAAACUUUUACCAAAUCCGUUUUAUACACAUGACAAUAGUCCAAUAUGUUCAAUUCCAAAAGAUUUAAUUGAUAUUCUUUAUAAACGAGAUCAUUUAUUAAAAAAAAUUAUUGAAGAUGUUAAUUCAUGUGAAGAAUCAGCAAAUUUACUUCGAUUUCUUCUUUGGGAAAAUCCAGAUGUUACGUCAACUGUACUUCGAGAGAUUCUUGGAUCACUUUCGAUUUAUUACACAUCUGAUCUACGCGCUCAUCUUGAUAUAUUAUCUAUGGUGCUUACAAUUGAAGAUUCAUGGCAAGAAAUUCGAAUUUUACAUGUAUUAAAAGGUACUCCAUUAUCGGGUGAAACAACGGAAGUAUUAAAUGAAACUCCAUCAUCACGACCAUCAUCACCAUCGCCAAUAAAAAUAGCAGUGACUAAUAUGAAUAAUUUUCAUGAUAAUCCACAAACACUAUUUGAUUUAUACUUAAAAUCGAAAUCAUCUCAUCAAAAACGAGCAUAUUGCUUCAUUAAAAUGCUGUUACAAUUAUUUACAAGCUCCUUGAAAGCACGUGAUUUAUUACUAACUGAUCAAGAUAUUAAACAACGUUGGGCUGGCGCUGUUCGUUGGUUACGUGAUCAACUUGAACGACCAAAUAGCAUUCCAUCAAACUAUCCAUAUUAUCCAUCCCAAGGACAGAUUACAAGUAAUGAUAUGUCCCAAGGAUAUUAUCUUGAACGAACACAAAGUGCUAUAACAGUAUUAGAAAGAGCAAGUGAAUUAUGUUCGGAUAAAGAAAAUGAUGAUGAUAAUGAAGCUGGUUCAAAUAGUGAUGAUAUGGAUGAUGAUGAGCCAAUAGGUCGAAAAAUACUUUUAAGUAAUUAA